AUGUCUGGCAAGAAUUUCGGUGCCGUUUCGUGUGAUAGUUGUAAGGCUUUCUUUAGGCGAAAUGCCGGCAAAUCUCAUAAUUGGAUUCUCACAGAAAAUCAAUUAUUGGAGAGAAAGCGAAAACUGGAGUUAAGAAAACAGAUGUGGAAACAAAAUAAACACUUUAUUAAUAAUUAUAACGACACGGAUGACACAACUCAAGAGAUAUUGCAUUUAGACAUGAAAUCCAUUACAGAUACUGAUGUCAACGCCUAUACCAAUAAUUCCGUACAAGAAUUAGAGUCAAUCAUCAAUUAUAAUGAUGUUUGCGGUGAACAGAAUCUGACAGAUAUUGCAAUACAAACACAAGAAUAUACAGAAUAUUAUGAUAACACCAUAAGACAGGAACCACAGCUACCGGUGCCCAUCGAGCGGCCCAUCACUGACUACAACAACAACUUCAAUGAGACUGAGUUCAGUCAUCUCAACGAAAUGAUGUUUGCAGUCAAUCACAUGCAACCAAACGGCGCGCCGGCGGUCACGUGGGAACCGAUUGGUAUGAAAGAGAUACUCAAGUGUUUUGUUACCAAAUACGAGUCGGACAUACCAUUGAUGGUCAAGAUGUGCCGCAGUUUGCGCUCGUUUAAUGGCCUGUGCGAGAGUGACCAGUUGUCACUUAUUAAGUACGGUGGUAUGGAAGUGCUUAUAUUGCGCAAUGUCAAGCUAUAUGACAGAAACUGUGCUAGUUGGAUUUUGGUCAUGUUAUCAUUAAUAUUGCUCUUCGAUCCAAACCGUCCGGACAUUGAACUGAAACACAUUGUAAAAUAUUUACAACUCAAAUAUCAAUCAGAAUCGGAGGCAAAUACACGACUACUAAGUCUAAUGAAGAUCUUUAAACACAUCCGAGAGAUGACCAAAACUAUUUACCUACCCGCAAUAAUUUCGGUGCCGUUACUUGAAUUUGUGUGUCUUUUUGACAACAAUUGCAAAAUCACUUCAAUUACCAGAAGAUUCUGUCGAACCUGUCGUUUAAGGAAGUGUUUUGAUGUCGGAAUGAAAGAGGAUUGGAUACUUUCUGAAGAGGACAAGAAUGAGAGGCGACUUAAAAAGGAGUUUAAACGACAGCAACAGAUGAAACUCAUCGAUGAGAGUAUUACUAAAGACACUGGAAGUGCUGACAUUUGCUCUUCAGAUAUGACCGUCACGUCCACCACCGGUAGUGACAGCACAAGUGAUGGUCAAACAUCACGUGAUAGUAACAGUAUUACAAUUACUGAGAAUAAUAUCACAUCAGACAUAGAUGUGGUUAACUAUAACCCGCCAAUCGCUACCAUCGACCGACCCAUCGAUGACUAUAACCCAAAGACAUUUAACGAGAUUGAGUCCAAUCACAUCCGUGAACUGUUGUCCGCAACCAAUCAUUUACUGCUACAUUACGUACCGAUAAUCACAUCGGAGUUCAUGUCUUACGAUGAGUACAAGGAUGCGUUACUCUGGAAAUGGGAGGGCGAUAUACCAAUGCUAACAAAUAUGGCCAAAAACCUACACGGCUUUAAUACUCUAUGCGAGAGUGACCAGAUUAGCUUAUUGAAACACGGAGCACUCGAGAUGAUUAUAUUGCGAUUUACCAUCGGUUAUGAUAAGAACAAAAAUGACUGGAUUGCAGUCCAGGGUAAUAAAGCCAGAUCUAGCCUGGUGUUCUGGAAACAGGGUGAUCUGGACCCUAAAUUUGAUGGACACGUUAAUAUCUUAACCUCAAUGUUAAACUUUUGGGAUGGAGACCCGUUUAUUAUUAAUUUGUUGACGGCUAUAUCGGUAUUCAACCCAAACCGGCAAAACCUCAUAAACAGACAGGCAAUUAAAUUUCAACGCCACUGUUAUAUGCAUUUAUUGAAGAGAUAUUUGCUAUUAAAAUACGGGUCCGACUGUGAGUCAUCAAUCUGCGGAGAUAAAGCUCAAGGCAGGAAUUUCGGGGAAUUUAUGUGUCUUUUUGACGACAAUUGCAAAAUCACUUUAAUUACCAGAAGAUUCUGUCGGACGUGUCGUUUAAGGAAGUGUUUUGAUGUCGGGAUGAUUGAGGAUUGGAUACUCACUGAAGAGGACAAAACUGAAAGGAGACUCAAAAAGGAGUUUAAACUACAAAAUAAAAUGAGAUACAACACCAAUGCUUUCACCACAAACACUGGAAGUGAUACCAACUCCCUGUCAGACAUGUCCAUCACCUCAACCACCAGUAUUGACAGUACAAGUGAUGGUCAAACAUCACGUAAUGACAACUAUGAAGAUAAUAACAUCACGUCAGAUGUGGUUAACUAUAACGCCCCGAUCGCAGCCAUCAGCCGACCCAUCGAUGACUAUAACGCAAAGACAUUGAAUGAGAUUGAGUUCACUCACAUCCGGGAACUGUUGUCUGCGACCAAUCAUUUACAGCGACAUUACGUACCGAUUGUCACAUCAGAGCCCAUGUCUUACGAUGAAUUCAGGGAAGCGCUGAUUUAUAAAAGCGAGAGCGAUAUGUCAACGCUUGUAAACAUGGUCAAACAAUUGCACGGCUUUAAUACUCUAUGCGAGAGUGACCAGAUUAGCUUGUUGAAACACGGAGCUAUCGAGAUGAGUAUAUUGAGACUUACCAUUGGUUUCAAUAAGCUUGAUAACAGCUGGAUUGCAGUUCAGGGCAACAAAUCGAUCAAAUUUAGACUGGAGUACUGGAAACAAGCGAGUAAUAAUGAUAAGUUUGACGCUCAUUACAAUGUAUUUGCAUCUAUGCUAAACCAUUGGGAUCGAGACCCCGUUAUUAUGGACUUGUUGACGGCUAUAUCUGUAUUCAACCCAAACCGGCCGAACCUCAUGAAUAGACAGGCGAUUAAGUGA